AAACCUGUCUUUACUCAACGCAAAAUUUGCCGAAUUAGGAUUAUUGUUUUAUAAAUUUUAUAUAAUCUUAUAAAAAUAAUAAAAUGCCACCCAAAGGAGGUAAAGGUGGUGGAAAGAAAGCAGCAGCUAUCAUCAUCGAUGGAGUGGACACGUCUGAGAUGUCUCGAGAAAAACUCGAGCAAUUCACAUUAAAAGUAAAGGAAGAAUUAGACAAAGAAAGGGAAGAACGAAAUUACUUCCAAUUAGAGCGUGAUAAAAUUCGUACAUUCUGGGAGAUUACAAGACAACAACUCGAUGAAGCCAAAGCUGAACUAAGGAACAGAGAAAGAGCAACAGAAGAAGCUCAGGAAGAAAAUGAAGCGCUUUUGGAAACUGAGAAGCAGAAAAUAAAACAUUUAAAAUAUGAGCAACAAGCUGCUGCAGCGGCUUUGAGGGCAGAAAAUUUAGUGGCAUUAAAAGCCGCCAAAGAAGAACAUGCUGAACAAGAACUUGAAUUAUUGAAUGAUAAAAGGGCAUUAAGACAAGAAAUGAGAGAGAAAAUAUUGACUUCUCAAGAUGAAUUAAGAAGAGCCAAACUUGUACAUGCAGAAGAAUUGUCAAAAGUAAGAGAAGAGUUUGAAGAGAGAGCUGGACAAAUAGAAGACAAAGCUGAAAAGAAACUUCAAGAGACUAAAAUUGAAUUGACAGUAAAACACAGAACUGAAAUAGCAGAAGUAGAAGAAAGGAAAAAUAAGCAACUAUCUGAAUUAAUCGCACACCAUGAAAGAGCUUUUGCUGAUUUGAAAAAUUAUUACAAUGAUAUAACGUUGAAUAAUUUAGGUUUAAUAAGCAGUUUAAAGCAACAAAUGGAAGACAUGCAGAAGACAAAAGAACGAGCCGAAAAAAUAGCCAGAGACGCAGUUGCAGAAACGAAGAGUUUGCGGGAGCCUCUUGAAGCCGCUAUUGUAGAUAAUAAGGAGUUGAAACGACAGAUGUCUAAUUACGAUAGAGAUAAAGCAUCUCUAGCUGCAAAAACCAAGCAACUGGCGUCUCUUGAGAAGCAAUUUGAAGUUUUAAAAUGGGAGUACGAAGUGUUACAAGUUCGGUUCGACAGGGUCAUGGCAGAGAGAGACGAAUUGAAGACGAGGUUCUCCAGGGCCGUGUUGGAGGUGCAGCAAAGGGCAUCGCUGAAGACAGCGCUGUUGGAGGUCAAAUUGAAGAACUUAGAAGGCAGAAAUAUGGGACCGAAGGAAAUACACGAAUUGCUGAAACUAAAAGACACACAAGUUGAAGACCUCAGGUACGAAGCGGCUCGACUGAGGAAAGCGCAUGAUGAUCUAUUGGCUACUUACGAAGCAAAACUUGCGAAGCUCGGAGUGCCCGUUGAAGAGCUCGGUUUCAAGCCAUUGAAAGCUGUGGCAGUGGCUGGACUGUCGCCGGUCCUUGGACAAGGACCUGCAGGCCUGGUCACCAAGGAUCAAUAAAAUACAUCCAUUUCUGUCACUUCGAAUCAUGAUAUGAAUAUUUUCUAAAAAAAAAAAAAACGUAAUUUUGAAAUCAGAAUUAACUGUCCUUUUUAUAGUAUCCAGAACCAUGUUACUUUGAACAAAAAAAAAAAAAAAACGUUUAAUCGAAAUCGUGCAUACAUUUCACUUGAAAUAUUUUUCUUUAUUUUUGUUCAGUUCAUUUAAUUUUAAACUAUUACACUAUAAAAUAGCUAGG